AUGAGCGGGCCCCGUUUGUGCGGGUUAUUGGCGGAAUUGGGGUACGAAGGUCACGGGUCGCUUGACCCGGACAGCUUCGAGUGGCCCUUCCAGUACGACGACGUUCGACCCAUUCUCGACUGGCUCUGCUCUAGCCUCCGCCCCUCAAACGUCCUCUCCCCUUCCGAGCUCUCCCAGUACGAGCAAUUUCUGCAAGAAGGAAAGCUUUUGGAGGGAGAGGAUUUGGACUUUGCUUAUGACAGCAUUUCAGCCUUUUCAGUAAGGAGGGACAAUCAAGAGGCAGUUUUUGGAACUGAAGAAGGUCUAAAAGAAAUACGUGAUGCUACUUUGGCGGCAAAAGCUGAAGCUUUGGAAUUACAGAAGCAGCUCCGGCAUCUGCAGUUACGAAACGAUAUGCUCUCAGGACAGGCUUCAGCACUAGUCCAAGGGAGAAGAUCACGAGUUGCUGCAACUUCCACUGCCAACGGGCAAUUGACUACAAUUGACGAUAGCCUAUCAGCAAGGAAUUUGGAGAUGAAUGCAGUUCUUGGACGGAUCGCAUCAACUGCUCAAGAGUUGGCACAUUAUCAUUCAGGGGAAGAUGAAGGAAUCUACUUGGCGUAUGCUGACUUCCAUUCGUAUUUGCUCACUGAUGCCUCAUGCAUGAAGGAACUCAAUCAGUGGUUCUCAAAGCAACUGGAUUCGGGUCCUUACAGGUUAGUGGUUGAGGAGGGGAAAUCAAAAUGUUCGUGGGUGAGCCUCAAUGAGGUCUCAAAUGUUUUGGUGCGAGAUACAGAGAACACCCAACAUCAACGUCUUUCUGAAUUGCAGAGGCUUCGCUCCAUUUUUGGAACAAGUGAAAGACAGUGGGUAGAAGCUCAGGUUGAGAACGCUAAGCAGCAAGCCCUCCUCACAACACUGAAAGCUCAAGUGACAUCAGAUGAAGCUCACAUCCAUCUUGACCUUCAUUCUCUUCGCAGGAGAAAACAUGCUGAACUAGCGGGAGAACUUUCGACUUUAUAUCGGAAAGAAGAGAAGUUAUUAUCUGAGACAAUUCCUGAUCUUUGCUGGGAGCUGGCACAGCUACAAGACACAUACAUCUUGCAAGGGGAUUAUGAUCUUAAAGUCAUGCGUCAAGAAUUUUACAUCAAUCGACAAAAAGCGUUCAUAAACCAUUUGAUCUAUCAGCUAUCAAGGCAUCAAUUUUUGAAACUAGCCUGUCAGUUGGAAAAAAAGACUAUGCUUGGAGCCUAUUCCUUGCUUAAAGUUAUUGAGCUGGAGUUGCAAGGCUACCUGUCAUCAAGCAAUGGCCGAGUGAGUCGUUGUAUGUCAUUGGCUCAAGCUGCAUCUGAUGUGGCCGAACAAGGAGCAGUAGAUGAUCGUGACACUUUUCUCCAUGGAGUCAGAGAUCUGUUGAGCAUUUAUUCAAAUGCGCAAGCUGGUAUAUCGACAUAUGUAUCUGUACCGGGCAUUGUUCAGCAACUGUCUAACCUUCAAUCAGACCUGAUGAGCCUGCAGUCUGACCUAGAAUAUGCUCUUCCUGGGGACAGAAACAGAUGUAUCAAUGAACUGUGUACCCUUGUUCAAAGUCUGCAGCAAUUAUUAUUUGCAUCAUCCACAACCGCACAACCGAUCCUAACACCCUGGUCUCUAAUGAAGGCACUAGAUGAAAUGGAAAAAGUUAAUGCAAACCUCUCGACUGCAGUUGAAGAUGUGACGCUUGAACAUUGCAAGAAAACUGAGAUAGUUAAGCAUCAUAGCCAAGAAAUGGCGCUUCAAAGGCGGGUGUUUGUUGAGUUUUUCUGCAACCCUGAACAUCUGAGGAACCAAGUCAAGGAGUUAACCGCGCGUGUUAGGGCCAUGCAGCCAUCUUAG